UCACAGCUUCAACAGGAGUAUUGUAGCAGGAGUUGGAUGACGCACGUGGAGAGCAAGCCUUAAGUUUGAAUAUACUGUAGCACUGAACAUUAACCACAUUAACCAGCAAAAACAUACUAAGACAAGGAUAUUACUUCUCAAGUUUAUUUUUAGCGACUGAGUGCAAGAACACAACCCCUGCUGAAGGAUGCACUGGGCUGCCUUGUUCACGUGUGUGCUCGCCGUGUCGGUGAUGAAUCAAGUGAGCGGUUUGGAAACGGUCACUGCCAAUUAUGGCGAGACUGUUAAAAUCCCAUGCAACAAUGGACUUCUCAAAGCAGAGGAUAUCGAUAUUAUCAAAUGGAAAGAUGAUACAGAUAGCAGUAUACUGGUGAAACGUGCAGGUAAGAAUGCCACCAUUGGAGAUAAUGUGAACUACAAGACGAGAGUCAGUAUUCAAGAGGACUUCAGUCUUGUCAUCACAAAAGUGAUUAUGGCUGAUCAGAGAACAUUCACCUGCCUGGUGUCAGGCAACGACAUUCUGGAAUUCCCUGUCCAACUGCAGAUUUAUAAGGCUCCGUCGCAACCUCAGAUCACAAAUCAAGCAUCUGUGAUGGAGAUCGGCAAAAUGACUGUGCUAGCGCAGUGCCGUACCGAAGGGGCCAAUCCAGCUGCCGUCAUUUUAUGGAUUAAGAACAAAGCUACACUGUCUAACAGUACAGUGGUUAAAAUCAUAACUACUAAGGAUAUUGAUAGCGUGACGGGACUUUCUGCCACCACUUCUACACUGGAAUAUGCAGCGGCAAAGGAGGACAUUGAUGCCAAAUUCAUCUGUCGAGUUCAACACCCUAAGUCAGCUGACAUGGAUUCAUCACCGCUUAACUUCACAGUGAACUACCCCACUGAGAAGGUCGAACUCCAGGUGGUGUCCAAGGGUCCUUUUAUGGAAGGAGAUAACGUGACCCUCAAAUGCACGGCAGAUGGGAACCCUCCUCCAACAAGCUACAACUUCUACAUCAAGGGUGAGAAAAAGGCGGUGGAAAACUCCAACACAUACACCUUGAGGAACAUCACUCGCGCCCACACCGGAGAAUACAAAUGCUCACUGGUGGACAAGGAAGACUUGGCGGAUUCUAAACAAAUUACUGUUGAUUACCUUGAGGUGGUCCUCAGCAGCACCGGUAAAGUUGUAAAGAAACUAGGCGAGAGCUUUGAGACCACUUUGGAUGUUAAAGCAUCAGGAACGACGCAAACGUCUUGGAAAAAGGACAAAACCAAGCUGGAGAGCCUGCCAAAGUUCGACAAGCUGAAGUAUUCUGAUUCUGGAGUGUAUGAGGGUGUUGUUACGAUGAAUGGCCUUGUGAAAACAAAAACAUUUGAAUUAAUAGUUGAAGGUGCUCCAGUGAUCAAGAAACUGAUCAAGAAGCGUGGUGAUGGAUCAGGGAACAAGGUCUUGAGUUGUGAGGCCGAAGGCUUUCCAAAACCCACUGUACAGUGGAGCAUCAAUACCACAAAGGUCGAUGAGAGUGAAUAUAAGGAUGGCCAAAUCACAUACAGCAUUACACUUAUUCCUAAAGUUAAUCUGACUGUGUCCUGCACUGUCUCAAAUGCCUUGGGUUAUGAUGUUAGAAGCAUAAAUGUAUCCACAAUUGCUGAUGCUGUGCAAAUGGACAAACAAGAUCAGACAGAUGAAUAUGGUGACCAGACUGCAAUGGUUAUUGGCAUUAUUAUUGGUGUGUUGCUGGCCCUUCUUGCAAUAGCACUGGCCUACUGGCUAUAUUUGAAAAAAUACAGGCAAGGCACAUGGAAAACUGGAGAAAAGGAGGAUGGGUCAGCAGAGGAGAGCAAGAAGCUUGAAGAAAGCCAAAAAGCAGAUGUGUAAUGUUCAACGAGCCAUUCAGGAAAUUAUUGACUACAAUUCGUUCUAUCUAAAAGAGGAGAGGUGAGCGUCAAGGAGAAAUCUGUGAAAAAACGAAAAGCUGUAAUGGAGGGUCUGAGUGGCUGGGCCAGUUACAUCUCCACCAUUGUCUGAAAUGUGUCUUUGCCUCCUCUGUAUUGGGGCAGUUCAUAAAUAAUGUGCAUUGUAAAGUAUGUGAAUUGUUUGCAUUGAAAAGGCCAUUAAGAAAACUGUUUGUAAAAAGUGUUUGUUUAUAUUUUGUUGAGGUGGCAUAUGUUGCCGCCUGAAUUAAAGUCUUAUUUCGUUAAAAUUUUCCUGUGCCCAAAGCAUUCAGUACAUGCAAACUUAUUUUGGCAGUUUCACAUCAUUUGGUAAAAACACUGAGGCCUUUACACUGACAAUGUCUCCAUUGUGUUACAUAUGUGGUACUAAAUUUGUGGCAUGUUGCGAGGCAUGAUUUUUGCAGUUGUACUGAGCACUUGGGUUGAGUUUUAGGUCUGUUGACAAGAAAAAAAACUGAGCAGUGAAAUUAACAUUUAAUGUGAUGAUAUAUUUGGAUUUUAAGACAAUUGUUUAACUGUAUAUACCCUUGUUAGCGUUCUAAUAGGCCUAAUAAAAGACUGCAUUGGAAGGUAAAAGAUAUAAUGCAGGGACCAGUGCUUGUUUGUUAAUAAAAACAAUGCCUUUUGCUUGGAUCGUUUAUUAUUGUGCCUUGUUUACCAUACAGUUUUGAGGACUAAAUUAGAGUCAUGUUACCAAAUUUGUUUUAAUGUGCUUCAAUGUAUAUUCUCACUCACGUUUUCUCUCAGAUUAUCACCUGCGUGUGCUCUGAUAUCAUUCAUGCAUCAUUGUUCAUUCAUUACGGUCCUGUAUGCAUUAUUUGUAAAUAUGGUGAACUUUUUUGUUGUUCUGUUUUUGUUCUAUUUAUAUUGUUAAGGUUUAGCUAAGUGGCAGUGUUUUACCAUUAUGUUAGUUGUAGUAGUGAUUUUUCCUGAAAAUAUACCUCUGUUGCAUUGUACAGUACAAUUGGUAUUUACUUGCAGGCUUUGGAAUGGUGAAAUUGAAUCUUCCAACUUUUCAUUUUAGUGGUGUUCCUGUAUUUCACUUCGAGUGCAUUUAAACCACCAUUGAGACCAAAGAGGUUGAAUGUGGCCAUGCGAGUAUUGUACAUACUGACCAUUGUUUUGUACCUUUAGUUCAAAUAAAGUGUACAUUUUUAGGAAA